ACUCACAUAACAUAUAUACUACAGCUAGUUAACCGCGAUGGGUUCUCUGGAUAACCACUCUGUUCAUGGCUUCUCCAUUCCGGCUGACACUGCUGGCAAGGUCAUUACCUGCAAAGCUGCUGUGGCGUACAGUCCUGGCCAGCCCUUGAUCAUCGAGGAUGUGCUGGUGGAUCCGCCUCAGAAGCUGGAGGUUCGAAUCAAGAUCCUCUUCACUUCAAUAUGUCACACAGAUCUCAGUGCUUGGAAAGGGGAGAACCAAGCUCAACGUGUUUUCCCUCGAAUUCUUGGGCAUGAAGCCUCUGGAGUGGUUGAAAGCGUGGGAGAAGGCGUGACGGAAAUGGAGGCCGGAGACGUGGUGGUGGCGAUAUUCAACGGGGAAUGCGGCGACUGCGCCUACUGCAAAUCCAGCAAGACCAAUCUGUGCAAGAAGUUCAGAGUGAAUCCGUUCAAAAGCGUGAUGGCGGGGGACGGGAAGUGCAGGUUUUCCAGCAAAGAUGGGAACCCAAUCUACCAUUUCCUCAACACUUCCACUUUCUCCGAAUACACUGUCCUGGAUUCUGCUUGCCUCGUCAAAAUUGACCCACUCGCUCCACUCAAAAAGAUGACCUUGCUUAGUUGCGGUGUUUCUACCGGCCUUGGAGCUGUAUGGAACACCGCCGACGUUCGAGCCGGCGAAACGGUAGCCGUUUUUGGCCUGGGAGCAGUCGGUUUAGCGGUAGUAGAAGGUGCGCGAACUAGAGGUGCGUCAAGAAUUAUUGGAGUUGACAUUAACGCUGAGAAAUGUAUCAAAGGUAAAGCAAUUGGAAUUACGGACUUUAUAAACCCUAAGGAACUUGACAAGCCUAUUCACGAGAAAAUUCGGGAAAUGACAGAAGGAGGGGUGCAUUAUAGCUUUGAGUGCACGGGAAACUUGGAUGUUCUCCGCGAAGCGUUUUUGUCAACCAGCGACGGUUGGGGGUUGACGGUGAUUCUGGGAAUCCAUCCGAGCCCACGGCUGCUGCCGCUGCACCCAAUGGAGCUGUUCGACGGGCGGCGAAUGGUGGCGUCGAUUUUCGGGGACUUCAAAGGGAAAUCGCAGCUGCCGUUGUUCGCAAAGCAGUGCAUGGCAGGGGAGGUAAAUCUGGACGAGUUCAUAACUCACGAGAUGCCCUUUAGCCGCAUCAAUGAUGCCUUCCAGCUGCUCCUCGACGGCAAAUCUUUGAGAUGCCUUCUUCACUUUUGAGGUGUAUGCAUUCGCAAUUUCGCAUUCCUCCCUCCCUCCCGCUCCAUCUUCGUAUGCGCGCUCGCUGUUAAUUGCUUUCUACAUACUUAUACUUAUGAUAUGAUCGAAUUGAAGAUCGAUGAUGAUCUGUACAACUCUACUCUACUUAGCUUUAAUUUCGAUAAGCUAAGGCCAUAUGAUAUGCCUAUAUCUAUAUAUAGUGUGUUUGGUUGCGAUUUAAUAAUAAGAAUAAUGAGAGAUCGAUUUAAUGUA